AUGCUACCAACAAAUAAAAUUAAUUAAGAAGAAACUAUGCUGGCAAUAUCUCAAAGAGAAUCACAAUUAUAAAAUUAAAAAUAAAACAAUAUUGAAGAUUAAGAUAAUCAAGUAUCCUCUAAUCUUAAUUGCAAUGAUAAUAUUAUUAAUUUUAAUGAUAAUGAUAUCAUUUAAAUCUGCAAAUUUGAUUAUGAGGAUCAGACUAUAUAAUAGCAUUCUCAUUAAGUAGAAACAUAGCUUAAAGAAGGUGUAAAUGAAAAUUAAUUCGAGAACUAAAAAAAUGAUUUAGAUUCAGCUAGCUAUUCUCACUUAUAAAUAGCUGAUGAAAAGAAUGAUUACAAUACAAAAAGAUUAGAUUCUUAAGAGGUUGUACAAAAGGAUGAUAUUCAUAUUUAAAUAGAUAUUCCACAAAACAUUAUUAAAUAGAGUAAUAGUCAAAAAUCCAUUUCACUUAUUAAAUUUGAUGAUAAUUCAGAUGCUAGGAUAAGUGCUAGAAUAGGUAAAUAUAAAAGUUAAUAAAAAGAAUAAAAACCAAUAGCACAUUAUAUUUUAAUUCCAGCUUAUUAAAGAAAAUAGAAUUUUGAAGAAAAUAAUCCAUAAGAAGAUUUAAAUAUUCAAUAAGAUGAUUAAAAUGAAAAUUGUCCUAUUUGUAGAGCAAAUUUUGAAAAAAUUGUUAAACUUUUAGAAUGUGAACAUAUGUUUUGUGAGUAAUUAUUUAUUAUAUAUCAAUAGGAGUUGUUAUAAAGAAUAUUUAGAAGAUAGAAUCAAAAUUGCAAAAAUAAAUAAUAUUCCAUGUUUAUAAGAAGGUUGUUCUACCAUUUUCUCAGAAAAUAUUAUAAAAUCACUUGUUAGUGAAUAGAAAUUUCAAUAAUAUUUAAUUUUUAAGAGAAAAUAUGAAAUUGAAAAUGAUCCUAAUAAAAAAUGGUGUCCAGCAAAAGGCUGUGAUCGUUUUAUUGAAAAAGAUCCAAGAACUAAUUUAAUAUAAUGUCAAUGUGGUUAAUUGAUCUGCUUUAAUUGUGGCCAAAUUGCACAUUAAGGAAUGUUAUGUGAAGUAUACCCUAUGUUUCAUUUAGGAUGCUAUUUAAGGUGACUUUAAAUUAGCUUUGGCAAAAUAUUUAAUAAAGUAUUGUCCUAAAUGUAAAUCACACAUUUAAAAAAAUGCUGGAUGUAACCAUAUGACUUGUACUAAUUGUUUAUUUUAAUUUUGUUGGGUUUGUUUAUAACCAUAUCAUUAAUAUCAUUAUAGAUAUUGGUCAUACAGAGGAUGUGCAAGUAAUUUAUUCUAUUGAUAGAAGUUUGGUCAAAUGGUCGUUUUAAAACGACAGAAGUAAUUAAAAAUCCUGAUAAAAUGAGGAAAAUAUACUUUGUUCCAAGAGUGAUACUUUAUAUUUUUAGAGGUCCACUACUAAUUGUUAAAUUGACUUUGAAAGCAGCCUGUAAAUCAAUAGUAAAACCUUUCGUAUAACUCAAUAAGAAAAUGUGCAAAUCAUAAUAACCCAAAUUAUGGUAUUAAAUUACUCAAUUAUAUUAGUCUUUUGAAAUGCAUAUAUUUUCUAUUAGCAGAAUUAUUAAUCUUGUUAAUAGUAAUCCUCGUCUUUCCUUUUUACUUUCUAUUUUAUUAAUGUGCCAAAGAAAUAAAGUGGCUUUCAAUUAAAGGAUGCGCCUAUUGA